AUGGAAGUUUUCGAUCAGCAAAAAGAAUCGGACUGCGUCUAUUACUGCAUAUAUUUCCCAGUACCGGAUGUUGUCGAUAAACAAGUUGAAUCUCUUCAAGAAAAACUGACCUUGAUCUUGGGCGAAAUACAACAAUUUGUGGAUGAUUAUAUAUGGCAGAAAGAUCCAUUUAGGCUGAAAGUAGUAAAAGAUGAAAAGGGGCUUUCGUAUCCCUAUUUGCAUGGCACGGCUCGCUUCGGAGACUGCAUUUAUGAUGAGUGGUUUAUCGUAUUUCUCUUGAUCCAAAUAUCAAAAAAAUAUGCAGAUGCCGUAACAAGCGUAUCCGACAAUGAUGGCGAGUUCUUAUUGAUUGAAUCUGCAAUGUACCUUCCAAAUUGGCUGGAUUCUUCGACGAGCCAAAAUAGAAUUUUUAUCUAUCAAGGCAAUUUACAUCUGAUUCCUCUACCAAGGACGCCCGAAGAGAAUGAAUUACUGCCUAAAGAUAUCACAUUAGAAAUGGCCAUUUCUCGAAUACGGGAUGAUCGAAUAAAUACAAGAGCAGAUAGCUCAAUACAAGAUGCAGCUUUUGCAAGAGCCUUAGAGUUUCCGAAUAUGAAAUUCAGCAAUAUGCAUUAUGCUCGAUGUCACAUACCACAAUCCAUCGCACAAGUUCUUUACAAAAAACCUCAACUUAUCGCAUUGGCAGUCGAGGCGUUUUACACCCGUGAUCCCAUUGCUUUGAGGGCUUGCUCCAGAAUGGAUAAAUUUCCACCAUCAACUUCAAUCACAGUAACAGUCAAAAUGACACGCACUUUAUAUGCUCAGCUUUCAAGUCAAAAAUUUCAUCCACCAAAGCCAUUUAAAUUGCCGCCUCCUUCAUCGUCGAAUUUUAAAUCAGCUGACCUCGGAAUGAAAGUGGCAUGUGGGUUCGAGAUCUUGUGCACUGAUAAAUACUAUACAAAAGCCAAUUCAGUGGCACGUACUACUGCGACCGUUGAGACUUAUCCGUUUGAAAGUGAUCCCUCAUGGCAGAAAUUCCACGCCCGAUUGGUUGAUCUCGGCUACUAUCGCGACGAGAUUCAAGGGUCCAGGCUGUACAAAGAACUCGAGGCGACUGCAAAAGAGCAAUUUUUAAAGAAUAAAACUGAAUCAACCUCAAGCAAAGAUGAUUUUGAAGAAGAGUCACCACUAGAACAAAUUGAACAAAUAUUGAAGGAACCAGCGAUUCCCGACAGUGUUCUGACUGCUAAUGUGCACGAAGAUGAUGAUUCUUGGUUGUAUAUUAAUCCAAAUCAACUGGAUAGCAUGCUAGAUGACAAGUUCAAUAAUGCGCAAGCCACAGCUGACAAGGAUGAAGAUAAUGAUGCCAUGAAUUUGGCAAGGAUGGCUAAAGAAUUUAAGAGAUUUGUUCAAUUUGAAGAAGCUGGUAUUGAAGGUGCCGAAUUUAUUGAGAAACCAAAAGCCGAAUCCCAGCCAUUUCCCAGAACAGAUCUCGAAACAGAAUCUCUCCCUACUUCAUUGGCACAGCCGCCCGAACCGACUUUGCUACCACAAUCUACUCCGCCACCCGAGACCAAUUUACAAGAGUAUAUGGAAGCGAUGGAUCGCGAGUUGUACUCGACAAAUGUCGCCGGGUCAUUUGUGCGUGGCGCUGAUGACGUGUUACAUAAUGAAGCAGGGAGCGUGUUGGUUGAGGAUGAGAACGAGUAUAGACCAGUGGAUAUAGAUCUAAACGUAGUGACGAAUUUACUUCAGAGUUUUAGGAGCCAAGAAGGGUUACCAGGUCCAGCGAGCACUAUUAUGGGUAGACUGGGGAUCAACAUUGUACCAAAUGAUAGCGACGACGAUGAAGAUUUUGUCGAAAUGGAGACAUGA